AUUGUGACGUCAUGAGGUUGGAAUCACGGAUUAAGUAUUCGUACCCGGGAGCACUGCAGGAAUGAGCUUCUCAAACACAGUCAAACAUUCUUAACCAAAAAACAUGAUUGAGAAGAUAUUUUAAAUUAUUUUUAAGUAUUUUGAGAGAGUAAUCAUCAUGUCGGUGAUGUUAACUGCUGACUGGUUUCCCCUGGGCAGGGAUACCUACUUCAGGAAAUUCGAGCUCUACCCACUCGAAUUCCAGCGCGAAGUCAACCCGGGAAACCUCGUGAUCCCCUCCCCCUACGGAGGAUCCAUAGCCAUCACUCGAGACCCAAAAAAAUUCGUCAAAGUUCAGGGCUCCACUAAGCCCAUAGUCUCCCUCUACUUUUCCUCAGGCAAGCUCUUCUCGAAAUUCACCUGGAACAGUGGUCAGCUGGUGGACCUUGGUUGGUCUCACCAGGAGGAGCUUCUCUGCGUCCAAGAUGAUGGAAUGGUCCUUAUCUACGACCUUUUCGGUGUCUACCAGUGCACCUUCAGCAUGGGGAAUGAAGUUAAGAGCACGAAAGUCGUCGACUGCGAGUUCUUCACAACAGUAAGUGGCACUGGAAUAGCAGUUCUGACGUCAACGAAUGUCAUUUUCUUGGUGAAUAAUAUCUCCGAGCCCAAAGUUCGUCAACUUCCUGAAAUCCCCAAGCUGGGGGGUCCCAUUGACUCGUGGGUGGUGAUAAGACACGAGAGACAGAGUCAGGUAAUCGUGGCAAACCAAAAUGGCAUCUACCAGGUACACCACAUGGGCAAAACUCCUGCGCCUAUCCCCUUCUCAAGCCUCUUCAACGGUAAAGUCUCCAAUGUCAGAGCAAUGGCUGUUUCUGCUAGUCAUCAGCACAUCGCUCUACUUGGAGACACUGGACACCUUUGGUUGGGCUCCUCAGACCUGAAGAAUAAGUACGCAGAGGUGCUGACAACCCUCACUGAUCCCUCGACGUCCAUAUGCUGGUGUGGGGUUGAGGCUGUCGUCUGUGUCUUCAAUACCACCUUAAUGAUUGUUGGGAGGAGUGGAGAGACUAUCGUGUAUUCUUAUGAUUCUCCUCUCCAUCUGAUUUCUGAGGUCGACGGGGUGAGGAUCAUCUCUGCAAACAGUCAUGAGAUGAUCCAGAAAGUGCCCAAUGUUGUGCAGAGGAUUUUCAGGAUCAAUUCUACUGAUCCUGCUUCGUAUUUACUUGAGGCUUCCAGACAGUUUCAGAAGAGGAGCCAUAAGGCUGAUAGUUAUAUUGAUCUGGUGAAGGACAAGUUGGAUUCUGCUAUUAAGGACUGUGUCAAUGCAGCAAGCCAUGAAUUCAACCCAGACACCCAGAAGCUCCUGAUGAGAGCAGCGAAAUUCGGGAAAGGAUUUUCAAAAACGAUAAACCCCGAUAGAUACGUAACAAUGUGUAGAAUUCUCCGAGUCCUCAAUGCAAUUCGUUACCCAGCCAUUGGCAUUCCCCUGACAUUCACACAGUUGGACAUGCUGACACCUCAGGUGCUACUGGACAGACUGGUAGUCAGGAGGCACUACUAUUUAAGCAUCCAGGUAGCAAGACACCUGAAAAUGCCUGAGGUGGAUGGAGAGAGUAGGAUCCUGGCACACUGGGCCUGUUACAAAGUCAAACAGACAGUUCUAGAUAAGGAGCAGAUCGCCGAGGAAAUAGCAGCGAAAUUGGGGUAUGCCCCAGGUGUUUCGUAUUCUGAAAUUGCGGAGAAAGCUGCUGACUGUGGGAGGAAGCAAUUGGCGAUCAAACUUAUUGAUUACGAGCCUCGGGCUCAGUUGCAGGUGCCUCUGCUCCUGAGACUGGGGGUCGAACAGGCGGCGUUGAACAAGGCCGUUGAAAGUGGAAAUACUGACCUAGUUUAUACCGUCAUUCUGUAUUUCCAGAAGAACAUGCCACUUGCUAAUUUUGAAAUGUCUAUUAAGCAUUGUCCACUGGCCAUGAGUCUGUAUGUCAAGUACUGCCAGAAUCAUAACAGAGAGGCCUUGUUGGAUAUCUAUGUAAUGCAUGAUGACUUUCAUGCACAGGCGUUGUGGUAUAUCAAGGAGAGUCAUAAUCCAAAGAAUAUUCAGACACGUGAAGCACUCUUGAAGAACGCCCAAGAGAAAUUCAAAAUGGGGAGAUUUGAUAUGAAUGCAGCACUGACUGAGGAACAAGUGAAAUUGUUGAAGCACCAAAGAUCUCUGGAGGACACUCUCAGGGAACAGAUCGUGGGGAAACCUGUGCAUGAUACUGUCAAGUUGCUAUUACUACAGAAUGAGAUCAAAUUGGCGGAGAAUUUAAAAUCCGAGUAUAAAAUACCAGACAGGAGGUACUGGUGGCUGAGGAUCCAGUGCCUCGCUGAGAAGGGUCUCUGGAGUGAACUUGAAAAAUUCUCAAAGAGUAAAAAAUCACCAAUUGGAUAUGAGUCAUUCAUUGACGAAUGUCUAAAAUACGGAAAUAGAUUGGAAGCGAAGAAAUAUUUACCGAGAGUCAAGGAAGAAUUGAAGAUAAAGUACUUCGCAAGAAUGGGAAUGUUGGCAGAAGCAGCUCAGACAGCCUAUGAGCAGAAAGACUCAUCAGCCCUAUCAUUCGUAUUAGCUCAAUGUGGAUCCUCAGAUCGGCCGUUAGCCGAGAAGAUCAAUGGAAUGAUUGCUAGUCUGAGAAAUGGAAAAUAAAUGAGACAAGUAUUUCCUCAUCUCCCAUAAGUCUUAUUCCCGAUGAAAUCCCAUAGAAAUCAGUUAUAUAAAUUUUGUACAUAGUUAUUUGUAUACAGAAAUGUGCAGUAAUAAAAUUAAUCAUUUGAAUUA